AUGCCGUCCAAGAAAGUGCUGAUCAUCCUCAGCGAUGCACACUCUUUUCCUAUUCAUAAAACCAGUGGACCCAACGCUGGCAAAGUGGAAGCCCAGCCCUCAGGAUUCUUCCUCCAGGAGCUUGCAAAACCUCUACAGAAACUCCUUGAUGCCGGUCACGAGGUAACUUUCGCCUCACCGAAAGGCCAAGAACCUACGACAGAUCCAAAUAGUGAAUCGUUACUCGCCUAUGCAGGCAACUUCUACGAACGUCGACGCGAACUUGAACUCAUUGAACGCAUGAAACGUGAGAAUGGGUUCAGUCAUCCUCUACCCUUCAAUACCCUCAGCAAUGAGAAGUUGGCCACGUUCGCGGGCCUCUUUAUUCCAGGUGGACAUGCCCCUCUUCAAGACCUUGGGGACAACCCAGAGCUGGGGCGAAUCCUGCGUUACUUUAACAAGGAAAAUAAACCCACAGCUGCCAUUUGCCAUGGGCCUUAUGCUCUAUUGAGUACAAAGAAGACGGGUGAUGGCUCAUUUGCCUAUGAAGGGUAUAAGAUUACCUGCUGGAGUGACGCUGAAGAGAAAAUGAUGGAGAGCCUAUUCGGUGGGGAGAUUGAGAAAGUUGAGACUGCAUUGAGAAAUGCAGGUGCCGUUAUGGUUGAAGGCAUGCCUGAGAAAAUUGGUGGGACUACAUUGCAUCGGGAACUGGUCACUGGAGGUAAUCCGUUAGCAGCAAAUGCCUUGGGUGAUAGAUUUUUGAGGAUGAUCAGUGUAUGA